ACACUGAUUGAAUUUUCUACAACCGUUUAAUACACUGCACUAGAAUUGUUUACAAACGAACAGCCGAUUCCUUGGUUAAAAAUUGACAACGAAAACCAAAAUGUCAAUCAAGGAUCACGUGAUGUACACAAAUAAAAAUAUGGCCAACGCCGAAAAUCCGGAGAAGCCGAAUUGUACGUUUAUAUUUAAGAAAAGAAAGAUCCGUAACAACGCGGCUAGAAAACGCAAGGAAAAUGAAGAAGACAACCACAGCAGUGAGGACGAGACUAUGGUAUUCAAAAAGGAAAAAAAAAGCGAUUUGCAAAACCCCAUGAGGCAAACUACAAGCUCCAAAAAGCAGCGAUUAGUAGUAGGGGACGACAAUAAUGAUUCCGAAGAAGACAGUGUUACUGUUUCUUACAAGAGUAAAAGAGAGGUAAUGCCUGCAGGGCCUAGCGAUCAGGGAGCUACUGCAAUUCUUGAAACCGAAACAGAAGUUGACCGAGAUGCCCAGGCCCUCUUUGAAAAAGCCCAAAGAAUUAAUGAGGAACUUGAAGGUAAAGAAGAUGACAAAGUAUAUCGAGGGAUGAAUAACUAUGCACAGUACUACAAGAAAAAGGAUACCGCUGCUGGAAACGCAUCCAGUGGUAUGGUUCGGAAGGGACCUAUCAGAGCUCCAGCUAAUCUCCGAGCAACUGUGAGAUGGGAUUAUCAGCCAGAUAUUUGUAAAGACUACAAAGAAACUGGAUUUUGUGGCUUUGGAGACAGCUGUAAGUUUCUACAUGACCGAUCCGAUUAUAAGCUCGGAUGGCAGUUGGAGCGGGAAUCAGCUAGUGGAGAAUACGACAACAGCGGAGAUGAAGAUGACAAGAAAUAUGAGAUAGAUAGCGACGGAGAUGACCUACCAUUCAAAUGUUUUAUUUGUAGAGACAGAUUCGUCGAUCCUGUUGUCACAAAAUGUAAACAUUACUUUUGUGAAAAAUGCGCUCUUGAGCAAUACAAGAAGAGUACAAGAUGCUUCAUCUGUAACGUUCAAACAAACGGUAUGUUUAACCCAGCGAAAGAAAUAAUAGCUAGAGCAAAAAUGGAAGACCUUGAGGCAGCGGAGAAGAUAGCAGAAGAUAGCGAGUCCGACUAACGCAGUGUAAUAUUUUAAUUCUGGGUAAUUAAUUAAUUAUACAUCUUGAACAAAUAAAAGGAUCUUUUGUCAAAA